AUGGCAAGUAGCUCUGCGAUUAGUAGCAGUAAGACAAGAUUCCUAUCCAGCGUUUCUACUUCUGUACUCAGAUACGGUGCCCCCGUCUUUGCGGCAGGAGCAAUCACGAAGAGGAACCUGACACGGCUCAACAGCACAUACAGGUUAAUGGCUAUGCGGGUGGCAAGUGCGUACCGGACCAUAUCGAUGGAUGCGGUUUGCGUCAUAGUAGGCAUGACUCCCAUCAAAAUUUUAUUGGAGGAAGAUUGUGCUUGCUAUGGACUACGUGGAACAACGGGAGCACGCAAGAUUGCGAGAGUGGCAGUGGCAGCAGGAUUGGGACAGUAG